UUAAAGAAGAGAAAGAAUAUGUCGAUACAAUUCCUCGUCAGUCUGCCUAUGACCACGAACGUAACGUCACGUUCGAAACGUCAGGCCAAAUAAUUAACGUAAGUAAGUGCAACUUUGGUCGGUCCAUUAGCGUUUAUUUGACAGACAUGAUCAAUAAUUAACAUAAGUGUACGCAACUCUGUCCCAUUACAGUUAUGUGAACAAUUUUGUGAGCUGUAAUGUUGACAAUUUUGAACAUUUUUUCUAGGCAAGGGUUAACAAUUUUAUAUAGGGUUUUAUAGUUUCACAAAUUCCAUUGCUUUGUGUCUGUCUCACAGGUUUUCUGCAUUGUUAUACUGCAUUUAGCUACUGUGAUUAUGUGUACUUAAAUAAUCCUUUGAUUCUACAUGGUUUUUAUUGGCAUCAUUCGGAUAACCUAACGCAGUGUGAUGUUGUUUUUGGUUUUGUUUAUUGUCUAAAAGCGUUUGCAUUAUCGCAGCGACUGAAUUUGACAGACGCAUCCACUAGGUAAAAAAAAAGUACGUAUGAAAAGGGACCUUAUUGUCGGUGGCGCUAAACGCGAAAGAUCUAAACGUGCACACAGUUGCAUUUCUCAUUCACUCCAUACAAAAUCCAAUCUGUAAUGACGACACAAAUACAUAGAAAGUGACACAUCAAAGACAAAUCUUGUGUUCGGACGAGUCAGAACACGCACCGCGAUUUCUUCAAAAGUUGGUUUUUUGAGAUGUGGUCGUAUAGCAGGCAGCUUGCGUUUUGUAUACCACAAAAAAUCGAAAACUUUAGUCGUGAUUUGAAGUUCAAAAUGUCUUUACUCUUAGAUGAGUCUUUGAAAUCAAUUGAAUUUCUUUUUAAAUAUGUUGGGAUAUAUUUGGAUCGUACAAUUCUGAAUACCGCCGAGCAUAUAAUAAAAUUCCGAUCGUUGUAUGUAAUGAACUUCUUUUGGCAGAACACGGAUACUAUCGGCGGAAUGUUAUGGAUCAUACAGGGCGCUCUACACGGAAAAAGUCUAACCGAAUUGACUUAUAUAGCGCCCUGUUCAAAUUUCUGCAUACUUUCAAACAUAAAAUCCCUCUCACUGCUUCUUAAUGAAGAUAAAGUAAAACAACUAUUCAAAAAACUUCGGAACAUGGAGAAUAAUAUUAAUAUUGGUGAUGAUGUAGUUAAGAAGAAUAUCAUUGCAGAAGAAAAAAAGUUUUUGAGGGCUGUUCUAAAGGCUCUCAAUGUAAUCAACGCUGUGACACUGAUAUUGUUUAGUGUGAGCUCGUUACUGUUUAUGGGAUUAGAAUAUAAGAAAUCGGGACAGAUUGAGCUAGCUUUACCGUUCCCGAUUAUUUAUCCGUUCAAUCCUUUUGACAUCAAGUACUGGCCGUUUGUAUACAUGCAUCAAGUUUGGUCUACAUAUUUAGUGCUGACCCAAGUCGCCGGAACCGACUGCCUCUUCUAUACAUGCUCCACUAGCAUCUGCACGCAGUUCCGCUUGCUGCAAAAAGACAUUGAAACCAUUAUUCCUGAACGUAAUUUUGAUGAAAAUGAGUUUCCGGAAAAGUUUAAGAAAUUAGCUGUUCGUCAUGAGGGCAUCAUGCAGUCGGUGAUUCUUAUGGAAAGGAUCUAUACGAAAUCGACAUUAAUUAAUUUCGUGACAAGUUCAUUUCUGAUAUGCCUGACGGGAUUUAACGUCACGGCGUUGGGCAACAUAGGGUCCAUGUUGGCCUUCUUCGCAUUUUUGCUGAUGAGUCUGAUGCAGAUUUACCUACUCUGUUUUUACGGAGACAUGAUUAUGACGUCGAGUAUGGAAGUAAGUACCGCCAUGUACAAUUCCAAAUGGUAUCCAAUGAACGCAAAAACAGCAAGGCAUCUGUACGUGGUUCAAAUGAGGGCACAGAAACCCUCCAAGUUGACGGCUUACAGUUACGCCGACGUCAAUCUGAAGGCCUUCACAAAGAUAUUAAGCACGGCUUGGUCAUACUUCGCUCUUCUGAAAACUAUGGAGAGCCCGACGCGAGCGUAGUUCGUCACUCCAGUUGUAGUUCCAGAGCACAGAUUUUCGUUUACGCCAUACCAUCUGUAAAGAACUAAGCCCCAAUAAGCUUAUACCAUUUCCUCCCCCCAAAUAACCGGUUCCUCCAUACAAUUAAAAUUGAAACUUGGCGAAAACGUUAAGAUUAUAUUAAUCUUAUAUUAUAUUAAAGUACUGAAAUGAGACAAAUCAAGAAAUGAAAAGUGUAAGUUUUUAGGGAUAGUUUUAGAUAUACAUUUGGAUUGGCAAGGAUGAAUAGAAAAAAUCCGUUGUAAACUAAAUAGAUUUGUUUAUGUGCUACGUAAGUUAAGACGCUCAUCAUGUUUACAUACAGCGUUAUUAGCCGCGUAUCAUGGGUAUAUUAGUUCAGUGUUAAGAUAUGGGCUUAUUUUGUGGGGUAACUGCGCGAAUUAUAAUAGGCACGUAUUUAACCGAAUUCAUCGGAUUUCGGUAGCUUAAAAAAACAGAAAAAGGGUACUAAAAUUAAUAGUUAGGCAACAAAAGCGGAGCAUUGAAAUAUUUCAAUAUGAGUAGUAUUUUAAUGCCGUUACAGCUUUUGUUUAUUUUAAAGUACCAAUUAUUUAUUUAGCAACUGAAUUAUUAUGGAGACUAUUUGUAAAGCACAUUUUAAAAAGAAAACGACUGUUUACUGAUGUUCUUUUAAAAUAUUGAGAUAGCAAAUUAAGGUAAAUACACACUUAAGUAUAUCGACCAUCAUUACCUGAGCUGUCAUGUUAAUAUAAAAAGGAUUCUUAAACAGUUAGGAUCUUACCGCUGCCAUGUUUAUACAUUUUAGAAAUCUGCAUGUUUGUAAAGAGGCAUAUGUAUUUAUUUACAACAGCGGAAAGCGCCUCUACCAGAAAUCAACGGGAUCCUGGA